AUGGCCACUAACUACAGUGCCAACCAGUAUGAAAAAGCUUUCUCACCCAAGUAUCUGCAGAACUGGUCUCUUGCCAAGCCAACAAAACAGCUCCCACACCCUCUCCCUCCGCCCAAACUCAAGCCCCCAGAUACCUUCUCCCUUUCCAUCUCCCCCAGCACUUCUCUCCCACCUGUACCCCAGAACAUUCCUUCCCACGAAGGCUACACUCAGAUCAUUGCCAACGACCGUGGUCAUCUGCUGCCUUCAGUGCCCCGUUCCAAGGCAAGUCCUUGGGGUUCCUUCAUGGGCACCUGGCAAAUGCCUCUCAAGAUACCCCCUGCUCGGGUGACCCUGACAUCCCGUACAGCUGCUGGUGCUGCCUCCCUCACCAAAUGGAUCCAAAAAAAUCCUGACUUACUCAACGCCUCCAAUGGACUGCAUCCAGAAAUCUUAGGCAAGCCCGGUGAUCCAGGCAGUCAGAAGAAACCCCGGAACUCUGUGAAGCAAGCACCAAGUCCAACCAUAAUCCCAAACUCCCCAGCAUCAAACCUCGAUUCCCCAGAGCAACCCCAAAGCGCACACCCCUCUGCAGGUCACACUCCUGGGCCCCUCAGCCCAAUCGACUUGCCUAAGAGCCCACCUGGAAGCGCAUGCAUGUAGAACCCUGGGUGGGUCCUAAUCUAGCCGGGGCCAAGGUGCAAACCUGGAACUCCAGAGGGGACCCCACCUAGGAAACCUGUCUAGAGGAGUGAAGUAAGAAGAGCCCCAGUUAGGGAAAUGAUGGAAAUAAAUGCAAAUUUGGAAAAUAAACAUUGCUGUUGACUCUUUCACUGAUUUUGAUUUUUCCCUCCGGCUGCCUCCUAUCACCAACCAGAAGGGCUGGGGAAAGACAGAGAACAUGACAGAGGCUGGGGGGU